AUGGGAAAAUCGUCCAAGGACAAGCGAGACGCCUACUACAGGCUCGCCAAGGAGCAGGGAUGGCGUGCGAGAAGCGCCUUCAAGCUGCUCCAGCUGGAUGAGGAAUUCGACCUCUUCUCCAAUGUCACCAGAGUCGUCGACCUGUGCGCCGCGCCGGGAAGUUGGUCGCAAGUUCUCUCGCGAGUAUUGAUCAAGGGUGAAAAGUUUGGACGAGCAGCAUGGCAGGAUAAGGAGGCGAAAUUCCGACAGCAGAUGUUGGGUAUUCUGCCCAAGGACGACGAGGCCAUCAUUACCGAGCAGGAUGGAGAGAAGCAAGAGGAGGCUCUUAAGCCACGAGACGAUGUCAAGAUUGUGUCGAUCGAUCUUCAACCUAUCUCGCCGCUCGCGGGUAUCACGACUCUACGCGCCGACAUUACACACCCGGCGACAGUGCCUCUGCUGCUGUCAGCCCUUGAUCCCUCCUACGACGCAAAAACAGCGGGAAACCAGGCAUCGCACCCUGUUGAUCUGGUUCUGAGCGACGGUGCCCCCGACGUUACAGGUCUUCACGAUCUUGACAUCUAUGUCCAGUCGCAACUACUCUUUGCUGCGCUUAACCUGGCUCUCUGCGUUCUGAAGCCUGGAGGCAAGUUUGUGGCCAAGAUCUUCCGCGGAAGAAACGUCGACGUGCUCUACGCUCAGCUCAAGAUCUUUUUCGAAAAGGUCAUUGUGGCCAAGCCGCGCAGUAGCCGUGCCAGCAGCGUCGAAGCUUUUAUUGUCUGCAUCAACUUCCAGCCACCGCCUGGAUUCAGAGCCAGUCUUGAGGAACCCCUCGGCGUUGGUGGACGACUGGAAGAGAUGCUCAAGGAGCAAACCAAGGACGUCGAAAUGCAGGAUGCGUCAAGCGCGGACGAGGGGAUCGUGGAGAUGCAGGUCUACGACGAAACGCUCGAGGACACUGAGAGAAGCAGUCGAUGGAUCGCACCGUUCAUUGCUUGUGGAGAUCUAUCCGCCUUUGACUCCGAUGCCUCGUACCAGCUCCCUGAGGACUAUGUCUCUCUAGAUCCGGUCCAGCCGCCUAUUGCCCCCCCUUACAAGCGCGCCAUCGAGAUGCGAGCCGCCAUGUCUGGGUCACAGCGCUAGCUUCUCAAACAAGAGAACGUUGACUCUCGAUAACCCAAGAUAAUUGCACCGCUAGCUAUAAACCAUAAAAGAGAGACAAAAGUCAUCAAUGCUUGGGGGUGGGCUUCUCUGCAGGACCGGGCAUCUCCAGCAUCACCAAGCCGGCCGAGGGGCCCUUUUCGAAAUCCAUGGCGCCGAGCUCCCUCCGGUAGAGCCUUGCAGCGGCUUGGUCGUGGGUCAUGAGGAGGAGGCCACGCAUGUCUUUCCAAUCGUUGACGAGUUCCUUUAGGGCUUGCAUCAACCACGAGGCCAGUCCCCGGCGUUGAAACUCGUCGACAACAAAGACAUCUGUGAGAUAGGCCAGGGUGACGUAGUCGGUCACCACGCGGGCAAAGCCAACCAUCUUGUGUCGAGAACCAUCCU